AUGGCCUCCAGCGUCGCAUCUCCCCCAGCGUCGGCGACAGCGAGCACCACUCAAGUCGACGUCAAGGUCGCAAUAGCGCGACCGCUCUCGCUGUGUAUGAAACCGGCCCAGACCCCGCCCGCCGCUUCCCCGCCGUCAUCAUCGACCUCGGCGCCAAUGUCUCUCACAAGCAAAGAAUGGGUCGUUCCUCCUCGCCCCAAGCCAGGCCGGAAGCCUGCAACAGACACACCUCCCACCAAACGCAAGGCGCAGAACCGUGCUGCCCAACGAGCCUUUCGCGAGAGGCGCGCGGCGCGGGUAGGUGAACUCGAAGAACAACUCAAGCAAAUCGAAGAUGAGCAUGAACAUGAUCAAGACGUGCUGCGAACGACGGUGGAUAAGCUUGAAAAAGAGCUCGAGCGCUAUCGGACUGACCUGGCACAUUGGGUUGAUCGAUGCAGGGGGCUCGAGAGUGAGCUGGCUGCUCUCAGAUCGGCGUCUUCUCAAUCACCACCAAGUUCAUCCCACCAGCAAAAGGCCCUCAGUUCUACCGAAGACGCAACAAACGAUACCUCAAUUGGUUGCGGCAACUGCACCUUGGAGACCCGCUGUCAGUGUAUAGAUGACGCCUUCGCCGAAAUGGGUGGCGGAGUAGUCGAGGCCCGUGAUGCCGGUCAUCGUGAGAAACGCCCGCUCUCUCCUUCACAGGGGGCUGGCGGAGAGAAGAGGGUGAAGAUUGAACCCAAGGAGAGCUUGGAGAUUGACUUCACCGCGGUGUACGCCUCAAACGCGCUCCCAGAACGUCCUCGCUUAGAGAAUCAUUCUCCUUCCACCGUCGUGGCGGACCCGUGCGGCUUUUGCUCUGACGGCACACCAUGUAUCUGCGCCGAGGUCGCCGCGGAGCAGGAACAAGCGCAACCCGCGGCAAGCAGCAGGUCGGUGGAAGCAACAGUGCCGAUCAAUCUGCCGCCCCGACAACUCGACCAAUUUACACCACCUCCGUCUGAAGGCGAUGUCUCUAUGUCCGUGCCGCCCGUAGUCGCUCCCCCUUCAGGGUGUGGAGCUUCGGGGCCGGGAACAUGUGCUCAGUGCCGCGCCGACCCAAACAGUACUCUUUUCUGCAAAUCUCUCGCUGCUUCUCGUGCUCAAUCGCAGCCCGCGAACACGUCUUCCUCAGGAUGCUGCGGCGGCCAAACUCCCGGCGGAUCAUGCUGCCGGUCGAUUACCGAGAACGAUGCCGUGCCCCUUCCCAGAAGGAGCCGCACGACUCGCUCCCAAGCGCCGGCCGGACUGUCCCAUCAAACCUUAGCCCAGCAAAGCUCCAUAAACGUGCCAAAGGCAGGAGUCACACUCACCUGUGCAGACGCCUACACUACCCUCUCCCGACAUCCAGCCUACGAGCGCGCCGCAGGCGACAUUGGCGAGUGGAUGCCCAAACUACAUGCCUGCGAGCCUACCAACCCGGGCAUUGCCGGGAGGCCAGCAUUGGAGAUUGAUGCGGCGAACGUCAUGGCUGUACUGAGGGACUUUGACCGAAGGUUUGGGAGGAGUCCUUGA